ACGAUAUGCGAAGUAUACAAGGUCCCUAUGGCUUCAUAACCGCAACACCCAUACUGUCCUCUACACUCCAAUACUAGAACGAGGCCGAUAAUCACGCCGUACCAAGAAAAAUGCCACACACCAUGCAGGCCCGUCCCCAAAAAGCCGAACUCGAGAAGCGACUCUUCAAAGUCGCCAACCGCGUCGCCCACGAGCAAGCCUCAGUAACCCAAUGGAGUUCCUUCCACGUAUGGAACUCCCUCUGCCAUUUCAACACAGCUGACGACGUCUCCAAGGUGGGCGACGGUAUAUGGGACGACAUGGCCCCCUUUGCGCACUGUGUAGGAAUGGCUACCCUCGUCACCAAAACCCUUCGCGCAGCUCUUCAAAAGACACCAGACCUCGCCGACUACGCAGACCACGUGCAGCUAAUGGCAUGGAAGGCCGGAGAGCAUAUCACCAGCGAACGCCACUUCCACGCGCUAACCGCCAUCCAGCUCAGCACGCACUGCAUCGUGAUCGACCUCGUCGCGCAAGCAUCUGCCUUCGAGAUCCCGCUAGGCGGGUACUACCAGUGCGAGGACCGGAUAAACCUCAUGUGGGACGCGGUCGACUGGUUCAACUACGAGUACACUAUGCGUUACGGCCAGCAGGAACUGCAGUUCGUACAGCGCGACGAGAACGGUAAGCGCGUGCGUGACAAUAUCUCCCCGCUGUUUCUGCCCAUCGACCCGACAGCUGCGCUGACCAGCCUUGCCUUCCCGGCGUGCGAGACGCUGAAGCGGACGCCCUUUGGCCGCCUACCGGGUAGGAAGUACAUCCAAGCGCGCGCAUUCCUCGACCAGAAGCCCACGGCCCUCGCGUUCACUGAGAUCGGGGCCAGGUACCUCGCCAUGACGUGUCAAGUGCGCGUCGACUUCGGCGCUAGGCAGCUGGUCUUCCAGAUCCCGUAUAAGGACUGGCUGCUCAGGCCAGAGAACCGGCACUAUCGGGGCGAUCUGGAAUGGUUUGGGGUGCUUGAGCGGUGUCAUCCGAAUCUAAAAGAUGCAGUGGCUUACUUUACAGUUAACUUAGGCCCUCCCCAGGCUAGGAAUGUCGUGGAGGUCGAGGGCCUAGCUGUGGUGCAUUUGAUGGAUAAGAUUUGCUCGAAGCUAGGCCUCCCAGACGGCGAAAUUGUCCACAUUGCUAGGGUGGUAGUGGAUGUGUGGAAGAAUCUGGAGCUCGAGAUGAGUGGCGCGCAUUCAGAGUUGGCUGCAGAGUCAGGAUGCCGAGACAGAAGACAGUAAUUUAGAAGGUUGAGAUGCGAGUGGGGAGGCGGCGCAGAAGGUCGCUGGGCUGCACGUCUGUGAAUCUAUUUUCAACGGCGCAGUGGACGCCGUGGAGCGCGACGAGUCUUC